UUGACUUGUUCCUCUCAGUCCGUUGGCACCUAUUCAUGAAUCGAUGUUGGAAUUACGCAAAUAAUAUAAUAAUUACGAAAGCUUGUGUCAUGGUGGGUAAUUGUAUUGUCUUUCAGUUUAUUUGUUAUUGCUUUGUAAAGUGACGAGGUUAUUGGAAGUUAUUAUGAGUAUAUGCAAGACGAGAUGCGGUUAUCUGUGAACGUUCACAUCGGUCAUUUGGAAUUUCAGUUCAAGGAAACAAUUAAAAAAAGCUUCCUGGUAAGCGCGUAUUGCAGAUAGGCUAUAAGUGGAGUGACGAAAAAGGGAGAGCGCAAAGAAAUUGACAAGGCAGAGCGGAUGAUCGGGAAAUUUGAGUGAUGUUUCCUAUUUACGAGUGUUCAUAACGCCAUUCUAAUUGAAGACAUGGUGAUCCUCGAGGGACAGCUCCUUACGCAUGAGAGCGAGAAUAAAAAGUGAGUGGCACCCUGACAAACAACCUGAGACUUCAUCAAGGCGCACACAGAAGUUAGCCUAUAGGCUAUAUGGAGCAGACCUUUUAAUUACUUUUCCAUUCUCUCCCAUCAAUUCGGUCAAGGAAGGAUCAGAAGAUGACCGUACUUGCAGCCCAAAUACACUUCUUAUAAAAACUGAUGAUUCUCUCCUUUCCUCUGUGGUCGUGUUUUAAAUCGUGGAAUGGUAUGGGGCAGAACGGUGGCGAAGACUGAAUUAUCCGGCGCGGUUCAAUAGCGUUGACAUUAAAACAUCGACGGAUUUACUGGAGGAUAUUAGAAACGGAGACAAAACAGGGGUCUCGUUAAACUCACCGCAGAGUCAGAGAGGGAGAUCCCUUUCCUCAGCCUGCCGUAGCAAUGAGCGGACUGUGCAAGCCUGUAGUUAUGGGACUCAUAUUGCUGAUCUGCAGUACUACCAGCCACUGUGAGGAGAGCGCGCCAGCCACGGCUCCCACGGUCGCGAGGAACGACAAGAGCCUACUCAGGCGGAUUGCAGACAUAGUGAAGCACGUGGAGGAGAGCCGCGGUGAGAACGGCACGAACGCAGCAUCGCAGUCGACUUCUAGAAGAGAAUCCCCAGUUGAGACAAAAAGGGAUUUACGAAACCUCAAAACAGAUAGUGGCGAUCAAAUUAUUGAAAUAUUUCCUAGAGAUCUCAGAAAGAAAGAAAAGUUUUUAAAACACUUAACAGGUCCUCUGUAUUUCAAUCCCAAAUGCAGGAAGCACGUAUACAGACUAUAUCACAACACCAGAGACUGCACAAUACCUGCAUACUUCAAAAGAUGUGCACGGCUUCUCACACGCUUAGCAGGGAGCCCACGAUGUACAGAAGGGUAGCAGAAAUCAAGUUGAAGCCAAACCAGAGCUGUCCAGAAGAGAGCCCUGACAAAAAGUGCCUUAGACAACAACAGGGAAACCAAACAAACUCGAACCAGUCACGUCCGCCAUUACGCAGUAUCUGUCACCAGAGUUCACUAUUUUACAAAGACAUGGAUUACCACUCACAGGCCUCCCUGGACCCUACACAGUCUGUGGUCACUGCGGGUCUUGACAAGAGACUAUACAGAAGAUACAGAACGUGAAGGGGGAAAAAUGGCAGCAACCACAGAUUUUGGGGUUAUUAUUGUCCUGCUGGCUGGACAAACUCUACUUUCUUCUUUCUUUCUUGGUUUUUACCAAAAGAGAAAAGGGAUUGCUUUUGUUUGUUUUUAAACCCCCCCCCCCCCC